UUUGUUUACCUUUUUCAUUUCACGCGCCGCUCCAAAUAUUAUGCUAAAAUUCUUCAAAAAGCUCACGACAGUCCCUUUUUUGAAGCGAAUCGUCCCCGUUAGUGAAGUUCCUGUUGAAAAUCCGCCCAAACCGAAGCGCAAACCAAUGGCCAACACAAAACCCAUCGUCUGGAUCGACAUGGAGAUGACCGGAUUAGAUGUCCAUCAAGACAGAAUCAUGGAAAUUGCCUGUUUAAUCACGGAUCAUCAAUUAAACAUCAUCGCCGAAGGUCCAAAUGUAAUUAUAAAGCAACCAGAUGCGCUGUUGCAAGGCAUGAACGAGUGGUGCACCAAAACACACACCGCUACAGGUCUUUACAAGGCAUGUCAAGAGUCAAAAAUUACAGAAAGCCAAGCUGAGGACAUGGUUCUGACCUUCAUUCAGCAAUAUACGAAACGAAAUGAGGCUCCAUUGGCUGGAAACACAAUUUACAUGGACCGAUUUUUCCUGAUGCAUCAAAUGGAAAAGGUCAAUAAUUACUUAAAUUACCGAAUAAUCGAUGUGUCGAGCAUUAAGGAGUGUUGUCAGCGAUGGAAUCCAGAAAUGCACAAAAAUGCGCCACCGAAGAAAUUAGUUCAUCGUGCCCUCGACGAUAUUCACGAAAGCAUCAAAGAACUCCAGUAUUACAAAGAGUUCAUGUUCAUCAAAUGAGAUUUUUAAAGGAAAAAAUUAAUAAAAUUCUGUUCAAAUAGUUUAUUGUCGAUCUA